AUGGCUAGCCGCAUCAAUAUUCCCAAUGACUUCGUUUGUGUCUGCUUAUCACUCGGUGGAGGUUCUUGCCGCCGUUUCCCUUUCCGUUGUUUAACAUUUGAUGAGAUCCAUUUCCCAUUCCGUUGUUUAAGAAUGAACAAUAAUUCUGAUGAUCAAUGGGAGAUUAAGAAGGCCUUGGAAUGGAGUGAUUGUAGCCGUUUGAGUAGGCUUUUGUUGAAUAAGGAUCUGGCUAAUGUUUUUGUAAUUCCCGUGUUGAUGGGUGGUGCUGAAGCUGCUAAGCAGAAAGGAGUGGAAGUUCAAGUAUGGGAUGUUGACACAAAAUCUCUCCAUUCUCUCGUUUUCAGGAUAUGGCCUUCCGCACAAACUCAUGUUUUCAUCAAGACGUGGUUCGAUGACUUUGUUCUUCGAAGGGAAUUGAAGAAAGGAGAUGUAAUUGGUCUUCAUUGGGAUCAAGCAAACCAACGAUUUAAUUUCUCGGUUCUCUAUAGGCGCUCUAAUUAG